AUGGAGGUGGAAAACCCGUUACGUGUGAAAGGACAUGAAAGGACCUCCUUUGAAUCACGCAUUCAAGAGCAUGAGUUGGAGAAGGCGACGGAAAUAGACAAAGACGUCUCAGUCUCGGCACCCGCGGAGACUUCAAAGGACGCUCCACCGGAAACGCCGCAGCAUGCGCCGAAAGACCCAGAAAGGUCCGACGGUGGGGAAGCUACUGCAGAGGCAGCUUCCAAUGGCACCAAUGGCACCAAUGGCACCAAUGGCAAGUCGGAGGCGACGCCGAUUCUCAUCGAGGGUGCGGAAGCAAAGGAAGCAAAGGAAGCAAAGGAAGCAAAGGCCACAGGGCCAGUAGAGUUGGAAGAUUCCGACGAUGAAAUGGAGGUCAGCGGUGCAAUGGCAGAGAUGCUGUUGCCGCAAAACCUCCUAAGCGAGGAGAACGGAGCUGUAGAAUUUGCCGAUGAAGCCGUGAGCAUCGAUGGCGAUGACUCUCUGAAGGAGCUGGGAACAGAUCGAAACGUUUGCCAUGCGACCGGUUGCGAAGAUUCGUUUUCCAAGCGCUCCUGCGCUGGUGGCUGCGGCCGGGCUCCAUGUAGUUUUGUGGUUUGUCCUGCUCACGCAGUGCAGAAAGGAAAGGACAAACCACCUUUUCCGCCUUUUCCGCCCCGGAACUUUGAGCCACCUUCAGAUGCCAGGAAGCGCGUGUUGGCCAAAGUCAAGGCGAAGGCCUCGGAACUUUUAGCCGAGGGCCUGGCUGAGAAGGCCUUGGAGAAGUACAGCGAGCUGAUCAAGACAGGUGGUGCAACCGCAUUGAUCAUGGCAGCUCGUGCGGAAGUCUUGCUAAAAUUGGGCAGGCAGGUGGGUUUAGGCCCUUAUUAUGCGCGUGCUGGAACUGCGCCUCCUUGUCCUGGCCCCUCCCGCACUGUCGUGAGUCAGCGGGGGUCGGGCCUGGCUGCUCCAGUGAUUGGCGUGAAGCCAGCUCCUGCAUUUGCGGAACUAGGCUUCUUGGCGCAGUCGUCCUUAGAUCGAGUUCUACAUCAAAAGGAGUACCUUGUAAAGAAGCUCUUCCCCUUCCCCUUUUUGUGGUUGCUGCCUUUGAAGCGCAAGUCCAUGAAGAUCUAG